AGAGAGAGAGGGCGAUUUGAGGGCAUUCUUGGAGUGGAAUUGGAGGAUUUCUUCGCCGUGGAAGCUCGAGGAACAAGUCCGGACUUGAAGACUGAUCAUCUGAAGAUUCUUACUGCAGUCUCUCUCUUCUCUAUGGAGUAACUUCCCUUCACUUAGGUUUUGAGGAACCCUAGCUAUGUUUGUUUGAUUGGAUGAUUGUAUGA